GUGUUUGUGUGAGCAGCGUAGCUGGGUUCCUGGAGCGACUGGACUUUAACAGCGUUUCGGCUUUUUUUACUAUUUAAACUCCAUUUUCGAGGUUUAAUAAAAGGUAUAAACUAAGGUAAGAGUUCCCGAAGAAAUUAGUGGCUGUGGAGCAGAGUAGUUUCAGAAGUUGAACAUGGGUACCAGCGAGAGCAAGAUGUCAGUGGUAUCAACACCCAAGCCAGACCCAAUUUGUCGGCUCAAAAAUCAGCAUUUGAGCCAGCUCGCAGAUCCUCGAUCUCCCUCGUGUGGAAUCGACCGCACACCUAUUCAGGUGAGCGGUGCAGCCUCUACAGGCCAAAAGGGUCCAGAGGGUGUUGGACCGGUGUCUUUUGAUCCUAGGUCUCCUACAGUUGGCAUCGUUCGCACUCCACUGAAGGACAGUAUGAAAGUAACAGUCAGCGCUCUGGCUCGUCGACUGAGCACGUUCUUCCUUAAUGAUGUGAUGACUGGUGACUCUGCCCCCAAUCCACUACCUCCUGUGUCCUUAACUAAACACUACAGCCUUUCUGGUGUAGAGCAGCAGAGUGAGCAGAGCUCCAAAGAGCCUCUUCUCCCACCUAAUUCCCACAAUUCUCUCAGUGGGCCCAUCAAAUGUCCAACUACUCCGACAGAUGCCAACUCCUCCAUGGGUUACGGUUCUUUCUCCACCAGCCCGUUUGUGGUGGUCGGGGAGGCUAAGGUUGAGGUUGCGGUGGACGCUGACGCCACAAUUGAUGAAGCUGAGGAGGCGAUCCUUCUGGGCGAGUCUCCGCUUAAUCGAGAGCUUAGCCUCAGCAUGCUUGGUUGCCGUGAGGGUGUUUACUCACCAGAGUUUUUCCCCUCAGCUGAUGAUCGUCCAUCCACUCCUGUUCCUCCUUUGGAGGACAGGCAAGUUGAGGAUCAUUCAUAUGCGCUUCCUUGUAUUACCUAUGAGCCCAGUCCAUCCACUCCUGUCCAAGAGGCCAUCUUGCAACAAAGCGCUGCUGACACGGUACAGUCACCUGAGCAGGAGUGUGUCGUAGAAGAAACUGCUGUACUGAUGGAGCAAGUUCUGAAAUCAUCUGAGAAAUCAAAACUGGAAAGUUCUGAGCCAGCCAAGAGUGAAGUCCCACUGCCUGCUAUAACGUUCCCCAAGUUUGACACCUGCAGCCCGAGCCAGGUUGUAUUCAGACCCCAGUGGCUGGGUGUGGGAUUUGGAGCAACAGGCGUCCGUGCUAGAGGAGUUCAGAGCCGUGGGAGAGCGACUUCCUCACCACUGUCCACCCGCAGACCAGCUACUGAUGAGAAUGAGAAUAAGGUUGUGCUCAACAAACAUAAGCAGAGAGGCAAAACUCUUAUUGGUGAAGGCAGAUCGCCUCUGCAGAUCCUUAAGGAGACAAAUUCUCCUAGAAACAAUGCACAGAUGAAGCUGAAAGUUUCUACUCCAGAGAAACAGAGGUUUAACCAAAUGGACAGAAGAGCCCUUGUUCUUUCUCUCAAUAAAGAAAAUCAGUGAAUGACAGAAACUCGGCGGACUAAAUAAUGGACUUCAUUACAUUUCCAAGCAAACACUCUGUACAUAGAGCUCAUUUUCUCUGAGAGCAGCUGUAUAGAGAUUGUGAUUAUGUGUGUGGAUGUCUUUACAUUCCUUUUUCUGCGAUCUUGUUAGUGACUCUUUUUUCUUCUUCUUCUUUUACCCUUGCAAAAUUGUAAAUAAAAUUGAAAUUAUUUUAA